AUGUAUUCCAGGCCUUCACAGAACAGUGCUCAAGACAAGGCCAAGGUCGAUGAGCUACUAACACAGCUCACCGCCGACCUGCAGGAUGAGAAACUGACCGCCGCACAACGCAAGAAUUUGCUUGAGCAGCUCAAAGUACUUGGGAGGAAUCCUGCGAACUCUGACUCCAUCUUUGCCAAAAAGGGUAUUGAGACGUUGUGUGAGUAUGGAUUCGACGUUGCGGAGCUCGAUGUCUCGCAAGAAGCUCUAAGGUGUCUGGCGAACGCCAUGCUCUUGCAAGAAGCCCCGAGGCAACAUCUACUAGACCUAGGUUAUCGCGACAAAGCCGCGCAGCGUCUGAGAAACAAUGAUCGGGAUGACGAAUUUCUGGUCUCUCGCAUCAUCUUUCUUUUGACGUAUAAAACCACCGUUGAUCUGGAGGACCUUGUCGAGAAAAAUGAGCUGGCUAGUAGUAUCAGCAGGAACAUUGCUGGACAUGCCGAUAGACUUUCUGACUCCGCCGGCCAACCAGCACACCCAAUGGAUGACAUGGCUUUGGUCGAGUCUCUCAAGCUGUUGUUCAACGUGACAGCCAAAAAGCCCGAACUAAUCGCCAGAUUCGCGAGCUGCGUACCAGACCUUUUCAGCAUACUGUCCCAUCAGAAGCUGCCUGUGCCUUCACUCCAAGUACCCGUCAACUCUAUCAUCAGCGCGCUGAUGAACAUGCACAUAACAAAAGAGACGUGUCCUACAGAGACAUUGACGAAACAGCUGAUCAAUAUCCUCGACCUUUCUAUCGAAGCAUACCCGGAAACGCAGCUUGAACUGGCCGCAACCCCAUUGCUCACACUUCUGCGUAAGAUCCAGGCAGUGGCGUCACAAGAUGGGCGCAAGCAUAUACAGUCGCUUCUACUACCCAACGAGCAGGAUCGAGCCAAGCCUCUGGGGCAAGGCGAUUCUUUGUCAUCUAGAUUGUUGCGACUUUCCAUCUCGCCCUCGUUAAAUGAAGUGCGGGAAAGCAUUUCUGCUUUGUUCUUCGAAUUAUCCGACAGCGACCCGACUACCUUCAUUCACAAUAUUGGAUACGGCUAUGCUGCAGGGUUCCUCUCCACGCAUCAGAUUGAGGUGCCCGAGACCAUGAUGCGAACCGAUGCUCAAGGUGCAGCUGUCAAUCCUGUUACAGGUCAACGACUAGCUGCUGAGUCUGAAAAUCCUGAGCCCGAGAUGACAGAUGAAGAGAAAGAGUGCGAGGCGGAACGUCUGUUUGUGUUGUUUGAAAGGUUGAAGGCCACCGGGGUUGUCAAUGUUGAAAACCCGGUGCAUCAAGCAAUGAGGGAAGGUCGUUUCGACAAUUGA